CUACUUGGUUCUUCUUGUUGUUUUCUGUAAUUAACAGUUUCAUUUUUUGAAAAAAUAUGUUGGGAGGAAAAAGUGGCUUUUCAUGAUCACAUUCGAGUUUGGACAAAGAAUGUUAAAUGUGUUGCUCAUUUCAUCCGAUGAGAUUCCUCCAGCAUGCGUCGUUUUCAAUUGGUUGGCGAGAAAGUGAAAGGAACUUUUCUAACCAUAGGAGCAUCUGCUAUAAUGACCCCAAAGAUAUUUUUAUUUUUCUUGAACAGUUUUUAUGUUUAUCUGGGAAGUGGGAACUGUAGCAUCAAAACAAAAGCUCUUACACAAAACUAUUAUACAGGAGGAGGAGGGAUGGAUUCAAAUGACUUAAUUAUAAUUUGCUUUUUGGAAGGAUUUAAAUUUUACUGACUUAUUUAGAAACAUACAUAAGAUGCUGAUUCAUUGAUUGUACUAGUGAUAUGAUAGUUGUAUGCUUCCUUUGUUGGGUGUCCUGCAUAAAAAGUAUAAGAAACUAUAUUCUGUUUAUAAAAAAUGAUAAUUGCAAACUUUGGUUAUGAUUUUGCAUGGAAGAGUUGUCUGUGAACCUUAAGAACACUGAAUACAAGGAUUGUAUUGUAUCUGCUUUUCUCUCUGGUAUAUCUUUGUUCUUUGUAGUCUUUAGCUUGUUACUGAUUUGAAUUACUACAAAUUAUUAUGCAGGAACAAGGGGAUACUCUUUGUAGCCAUUGACCAGAAUAGGCCUCUUUCAGAGCAAGGUCCUUUUGAUAUAGUGUUACAUAAGGUUAUAAUUCAAAGAGUGGCGCCAGGUUCUUGAGGAUUAUAGACAAUCACACCCAGAAGUUACUGUUCUGGAUCCUCCUGAUUGCAUACAACAUUUACGUAACCGUCAACACAUGCUUCAGGCUGUUGCUGAGAUGAACUUUUCUGAUUCUUAUGGGAAAGUUGGUGUUCCUCGGCAAUUAGUUAUCAAGAGAGACGCCUCAGCCAUCCCAGAGUUGGUCAACAGAGCUGGCCUGAAUUUACCUCUAGUUGCAAAGCCACUGGUUGCCGAUGGAAGUGCAAAGUCUCAUGAAUUAUCCCUUGCUUAUGAGCCAUACUCUCUUCAAAAACUUGAACCUCCUUUUGUUCUUCAGGAGUUUGUCAACCAUGGAGGUGUUCUCUUUAAAGUUUAUAUAGUUGGUGAUGCAAUAAAGGUUGUCAGACGGUUUUCAUUACCUGAUGUUUCCAAGUGGGAGCACUCCAAGGAUGCUGGCAUAUAUCGUUUUCCAAGGGUUUCUUGUGCUGCAGCUUCAGCAGAUGAUGCGGAUCUGGACCCCAUUGUUGGUGAGCUGCCUCCAAGACCCCUACUUGAGAAGCUGGCUACAGAACUCCGAUGGCGAUUGGGUCUUAGAUUAUUCAACUUGGAUAUGAUCCGCGAGUAUGGAACUAGAGAUCGGUUUUACGUCAUUGACAUAAACUACUUUCCUGGAUAUGGCAAAAUGCCAGAAUAUGAACACAUAUUUACAGACUUCUUGUUGAAGCUGGGGAAUGGGAAGUACAAGAAAAAAUCUGGCUAAGUGAUGAAAUUGACAUCAUAACUCAUAGGACAACUUCCGGAACGCUUAGCGUGGCGGGAACAUCAGCCGGUACAGAAAAACCGAUAUUCUUACUACUGAAAAGUAACAGAAGCUAUUGCAUUCAGCAUCAGUACAUAGCAGAGUGCUAAAUCCUGAAGUUUCUAGCUUAGCCUUGAUAAGAAAUAGGAGACUCUAGCUCUAAUUCUGCAACUCUUGAAGGAUCUGUCUCCGUGGAAAAAAUGGUGACUGGUGGUGGUGCCUCACCACCAAUGCUGAUGAUAAUAUGAAAGAGAGAGACGACCUUUCUUGUAGCACAAGUUAACAGGGUUUCAAGUGCACUACUGAUUGUUCUUUGCUGUAUAUACAUGUAGAUUCUUCACGUUAGCAACCUAAUCUUUGAUCUCAAGAAAUCAAAUUUAAUUAUUAUUGCUAUAUAUCUCGUUGUAAUUACCUCAGCUAAAUGGCUGAGCACAAUAGGCGUUCUCGCGUAAGUUAAUUAUAAUAAAUUCUCUCUCUCUCUCUC